UUAUUAAACUAAAUCUUUUUAAUUUUUAAUAUUGUCAUCCAUUAAAUUUCCACAAAUAAACAGGGAUAACGUUAAUUUUCUACAAUGGCAUCACUAUUAAUGUUAUAGUAGUUCAUUAGAAUCAAUUGGAGUAGUUACAACAUCUCAUUCUAACCAAACAAACCCGCUUUCAAAAAUGGCAAGAAAUUCAAAAACUGUUUCAGCUGACGUCCUAUGCGAAUUUUUUGAAGUGGCGGUCCACAGUAUACUGUACAAUCGGAAAAUCUAUCCGGAGUCGAUUUUCCAGCCGAAACGUAAGUACGGCGCAACAGUUUAUCAAUCCCUUCAUCCAGAAAUCAACGAAUACAUUAGCGAGUCUCUUAAGGCCGUCAAUUAUCACGCCAAGAAGGGUCGGUUACAAAAAUUAUUUGUUUGUUUCCAUACUGAUGAUGUACUGCAUGAGAAGUAUAUUAUUGAUGUGCUAGAUUUAAAAGACUUUCUGGAAGCUGAUCCUUUUCUUGUUGAUAUGGAACAAGCAUUUCGUGCGUUCUGUUUAAAAAUUCACACAUCAAACUAUUAUUUACAACCUUUGCCUGAUGGGGCUAAUUUUAGUAUUAGGAUUUUAACAACCACAUAUUCUAGUCUUGAGUUUAAUCAAGAGCCUUCAUUUGAGAAUUUUCCUUGGAUUGAAAUAAGUGAUAAAGAAUUUUGCGUCGAGUCUGGAUGUAUUGUUCCCAUUUAUACUAUUGACAAGGAUUUUUUAAAAUUGCAAAUUUAUAUUGAAAAGCCUGCAAAUCCAGAUUACUAAUAAUCUUAUGUUAGUAUAUUAUAGCUGUGAUAUAUCUAUUUUAUAAUUAAUGUAUAAUGAAAUAUAUUUUAUAAAAUUCACAAAUAAACCUAUUACAUAUAAUAA